CCAGCAGAGGAGCUCGACUUGAAGCAAGAACUGCGAAAGAGUUUUAACUGAAGAGUACAGGCAUCACAGUGCUACUUGUUUUGAGAGGACACAGCGUUUCUCGUUUUUCCACAUUUUGCUAUUAGUUUGAUCGUGCAUGCAGCGCAUGCCCAGAUUAUCUGACGGUGCAGUUGUUGCUUUAUCGUUGAACAGAGAGACAGCCCUUUGAGAGGAUUUGAAGAUGACCACUUCCUGGAGUGACAGACUGCAGAACUAUGCAGACCUCCCGGCCAACAUGGAUGGCCUGGCCAUGAAGAAGUACAGGAGAGAGGCCUACCACAGGGUGUUCGUCAACAGAAGCUUGGCCAUGGAGAAGAUCAAGUGCUUCGGCUUUGAUAUGGAUUACACUUUAGCAGUGUACAAGUCUCCAGAGUACGAGUCGCUGGGCUUCGAGCUGACCGUGGAGCGCCUCGUCUCCAUCGGUUACCCCCAGGAGCUGCUCAGCUUCGUCUACGACCCCUCCUUCCCCACCAGGGGUCUUGUGUUUGACACCAUGUACGGGAACCUGUUGAAGGUGGACGCUUACGGCAACAUCCUGGUGUGUGUCCACGGGUUUAACUUCCUCCGAGGGCCUGAGAUACGGGAGCUGUACCCCAACAAAUUCAUCCAGCGAGACGACACCGAGCGCUUUUACAUCCUCAACACUCUGUUCAACCUGCCAGAAACCUACCUCUUCGCUUGUCUGGUGGACUUUUUCUCAAACUGUGACAGAUAUGCCAGCUGUGACAGCGGUUUCAAGGAUGGAGAUCUUUUCAUGUCCUUCAAGAGCAUGUUCCAGGACGUCCGUGACGCCGUCGACUGGGUCCACUUCAAGGGAACACUGAAGGUGAAGACUGUGGAGAACCUGGAGAAGUAUGUUGUGAGAGAUGCGAAGCUGCCUCUCCUUCUGAGCCGAAUGAACGAGGUCGCCAAGGUCUUCCUGGCCACCAACAGUGACUACAAAUACACUGACAAAAUCAUGACCUACCUGUUUGACUUUCCUCACGGCCCCAAGCAUGGCACAGCCCACCGGCCGUGGCAGUCCUACUUUGACCUGAUCCUGGUCGACGCCAGGAAGCCUCUCUUCUUCGCAGAGGGCACGGUGCUGAGACAGGUCGACACGACGACAGGGCGUCUGAAGAUCGGCACCUACACGGGACCGUUGCAGCAUGGGAUCGUCUACUCUGGAGGCUCCUCGGACAUCGUGUGUGACCUGCUGGGGGCCAAGGGGAAGGACAUCGUCUACAUCGGGGACCACAUCUUCGGGGACAUCCUGAAGUCUAAGAAGCGCCAGGGCUGGAGGACCUUCCUGGUCAUCCCCGAGCUGGCCCAGGAGCUGCACGUGUGGACCGACAAGAGCUCCCUGUUCGAAGAGCUGCAGGGACUGGACAUCUUCUUGGCAGAGCUCUACAAGCAUCUGGACAGCAGCAGCAACGAGAGACCUGACAUCAGCGCUAUCCAGAGAAGGGUCAAGAAAGUGACCCAUGACAUGGACAUGUGCUACGGCAUGAUGGGCAGCCUGUUCCGCAGCGGCUCCAGACAGACGCUGUUCGCCUCGCAGGUGAUGCGCUACGCCGACCUGUACGCCGCCUCCUUCAUCAACCUCCUGUACUACCCCUUCAGCUACCUGUUCAGGGCCUCGCACGUCCUGAUGCCCCACGAGUCCACGGUGGAGCACGCUCAUGUGGACAUCGACGCCGAGUCGCCCCUGGCGACCCGCAACCGCCACUGCACCGACUGCAUCGAGCUGGACUGUAAGAGGAGCCAGCUGACCCGCUCCAUCAGCGAGAUCAAGCCCCCCAACCUGUUCCCCCAGACCCCCCAGGAGAUCACCCACUGCCACGACGAGGACGACGACGAGGAGGAGGAAGAGGAGGAGUGAGGAGGGGGAGGAGAGAGGGAGGAGGAAGUGGUGUUUUUUUGGAAGAACGGUCUAUGAUCAGGCUAGGCUCCUUUCCUUUUUGUAUUGCCCUGUGCUCCCUGCCUCCUACCCCCAGACCCCCUGCCCCCAGACCCCCUGCCUCCUGCCCCCAGACCCCCUGCCCCCAGACCCCCUGCCUCCUACCCCCAGACCCCCUGCCCCCAGACCCCCUGCCUCCUGCCCCCAGACCCCCUGCCCCCAGACCCCCUGCCUCCUACCCCCAGACCCCCUGCCCCCAGACCCCCUGCCUCCUACCCCCAGACCCCCUGCCUCCUACCCCCAGACCCCCUGCCCCCAGACCCCCUGCCCCCAGACCCCCUGCCUCCUGCCCCCAAGACCCCCUGCCUCCUAGACCCUGCCUCCUGCCCCCAGACCCCCUGCCCCCAACCUGUUCACUGAAGGGAGUGACUUACCUUCUACAGGAGGCAAAAAGCCUAGUUGGAGUGUGAUGGAGUAUAAUACAAUAGUGGAGAAAUGGAAAUUCAAUACUUAUGAUUAAUAUAUCUAUCUAUAUCUUUAUAUAAAAAUGUAAAAAAAUUGAGGAAGAGAGCUACAGAAAAAUAUAAUUUUAAACUAAAGCUCUGAGGAUGUAUAGAUAUCAGGCCAAGACAAGCGUUCAAUGCAACGGUGCUUUCAUUUGAUCAUCCAAACUGUCCCCCUCACGCCCAUGCAGUUUCAGUUGUAUUCAUUUAAAGACAUUUCUAUUUUCUUUUUAUUGGAUUUCAGGACUGAUUUCAAACGGUUGUGCAAUGAUGGCUAUCGGGGACUUAAAACAAUGUUAUGCAGAAAGAAUGGACACUGAUUGUAUGCAUACAGUGCAUAUAUUGAUGGGGGCGAAGGGAAAUGUUGCAAAACAUAACACACUACUCAGAUUGACUGACUGGGCACUUUUUGACCAGUUCUCUUUUAGUUUACAUCCCCGACCAUUAUGAAGACCUCAUCAUCCAACAGUUUGAUUGUGAAGGUCCAAGGUGGAGUCACCUUGUCUUAACAGUGUCUGGAACGUGUGUCGUGACGUGCGGAAAGUCGAUGGUUUCACUGUUCUCUUCAGAAGGGAAAGCGCUGAAAGUUUCAGCCUCCGGUACUAAGCUGAAAGUAUGUGCGUUUUAACUAGCAACGUUCUUUUAUCGCAAUGUAGGAAUGACGUUCCAAUUUAGCGGUUGUCGUAUGUUUUUAAUUGUGUCGUCGACGAUUUACUUCCCGUUUUGUUCGACUUUUUUUGUCUAAGUGUGUCUCUGCCAAGUGUCUGUUUUUGCGUCCUGGAUGAUUGUGACCAGAGGGAUCCUUUUGUACAAGCGAAAGCACAGAGUUGUGUAUAUUUGGGUUACACAGAGGCACAAGUGCAACCACGGCAGACUGCGUCAAGCCUCCCCAGCCUGGUAUGACGUGAUAUGAAGAGUGAUGUUAUUGGAUUGGAGCGCGUGAAGUGAGAGAAAGAGAAUGAAUGAGAGCGAGACUGUAUGGACAUAUUCAACAGACAUCAUUUUUGGAAAUCCAAACAUUGUUACUAGGCAACUGAGAGUACUACAAGGUUAACCACAUGCUGUGCAGAUAAGCUCUAUGGCAACCAUGUGUACCGCCAUACAUGGCACAGUACGUGAUGCUAAUGGGAAUACCUCUGUAGGAUCUAUGAAGAAGGCCAAGUUUCCAGUCAUCCUUACACAUACUACACAUUAUACACACAGCUCAGUGUUUAAGAAAAACAAACUCGUAUUGGAAAAUAUUCAAGAAAACCAAAUGUUGAAAGAUAUCCAAGACUAACAUAUUAAAAUAUUCGAGAAAGACUCAUAUAUGAGUCAGGUGGUGGACCCUGCAUGGGGGACAAACAUACACAUGCAGCUAACAUGCAGUAUUUAGACAAGGAAGUUGGUAAGCUUGCUGUUGUCGGAGGUCUUUUCUCUCAGUAUUAUCUUGAGACUUGACUAUUGUUCUGGAGAACUCCCUUUGGAUCUAGUGCUUCUUUUACCUUUUUUUUUAAAAUUUAUUUUUAUACCGCAUCCUCUCUGUGUGUGCAGUAAAUCUAGACGAUCCUGCGCCGUGUGUAGGGAUGGGGAACAAGUGACCUUGGCAUGCAAAGAGGGAAAGUAUGUAGGCUUCGGCUGGAGCGCCGUGUGUGAGAGUGCUGUUUGUGUGGUCCCGUGCAGGUCGGCCUAUAGAGCGCGUACGCUUCCGUCUUCAACGGGAGUUGUGGGAUGCCACUGUUUUUACGGGGCAGGGUCGAGGCAGAGUUGGAAGUGUCCGACGAACCAAAGAUGUCGGGAAUGGGUCUGGGACUGAAAGACAGGAAGGAGGGUUUAUGCCAAGAGAUGGCAGCAUUAUGCCAGUCUGUGGAGGAAUGUACAGUAUUCUAGAGCUGGCUCACGUUAGGAAUUUUGGAAACACUGUGAAAACAGGAGCCUGUCUGCUAUGAGAUCCCAUAGGGGGCUACGUUCAAGAUCACCUAAUUAUUUUAUAUAUUGGACUCACUGGAUUUAGACUAGCUUUGGUCUAAAAUCCUGUUGAAGGGACCAAGAAGGUUCCUAAAUGUAUUGUCUCUUGAACGUAAACCAGGUCACCUUCUCUACUCCCCCACAGCCCACCUGUCCAUAGCCCCAUGUACCCCAUAGCCCUGUAGCACAAGGGUGUAGAAAUACCUCAACCAUGAUGGUAUGCAGUACGGUGUGUAUGCAGGAUAGGAAAACAGCCUUGGAAGACAUGGAAUGGGACUUUUAAAGAUGUAUUUUUGGGAUGUCAGAUAUGUAAACAUAGCUCUCACUUUAAUUUUAGACGCAUAGUUUUGUAUAGCUGUUUCGAUUGGCUCUUCAAUUUGGGCCGUGGAAGGGAAGGAACUAAUUGGUUCCUUUUUUUGG